AUGGAUCGCUUUGAUUGGGACCACGUGUGCAAUACGUCUGACGAAGGGGGCCGGUAUUCGUAUGCAAAACAGCCGGAAAUCUGUAAAUGGAAUCUCUUUAAGUUCGCGGAAGCGCUUCAACCCAUUGUACCCAUGAAUGAGACGAAAGAAAUUCUCGAAAAUAACUUUUACAGCAUUUAUAGCACUGAAUACAAGGAGAAAAUGCUGAAGAAAUUUGGUUUAUUUGUGAGUUUGAGUCAAACAAAUGGAGACCUUCUCAGUGAUGACGAUCUGAUCCAAUCAUUUCUGGACACAAUGGAGAAGACGGGCGCAGACUUUACUAAUUGUUUCCGAGCCCUCAAUAUACUAACCGUUUGCGGUCUCGAGAGCCAUAAGAAAAGUGUCAAAAAUUUAGAGACAGAACUGAUAUCUCAAUGCAGUUCUUUAGAAGAGAUAAUCGAUGCCAACGAAUCCAGUUUUGAUUCGCAAGAAUUUCAGUUGUUUUUGGUUUUGUUGCAAACGAAUCCACAGCUUUUGGAAAUGUUAGGCAAAGGACCCAAAGCUAUAGAAAGGGUUUUAGCGAAGAUGGAGAAGAAUAAAGAAUUAAAAACAAUGACUUCGGAACAGAAAAGAAACGAAGAUUCAGAGCACUGGGAGAAAUGGAUUGACAGUUAUGUGAAUCGCAUUGAAUAUGACGUGAAAGAGUUUGCAAGCGAUUUGCAAGAACUGCAAAAUCAUAACAACAAACGCCUUAAAGUAAUGAAUGAAAAUAAUCCGAUAUAUGUUUUACGAAACUAUUUGGCGAAAGAGGCCAUAGAGAGGGCAGAAGCGGGAGAUUUCUCUAAAGUGAACCAUUUGUUGAAGAUUUUGCAAAACCCGUACAAUGAAUGCUGUGAUGACACCAAUCCAGAUAAGAAGGACUACUACUGCAAAAGGCCUCCUCUUUGGGCCAACAGACUUAAGGUCUCCUGUUCUUCAUAAACCCAUACAAUCCCUCACUUCCUGUGCUUGUAAUAGGAAUUUACAUUUUACUACAAUAUUGUAAUACUGGUUGCAAACACUCCACAGUUUGACAACAUAUAGC